AUGAAUGGGUACUUGCAGAUAAUCAUAUCGGAUCGAGGUCUCAUGAAAUAUUCGACGUAUAAAAUUGUCGUUUGUUACGGGUUUAUUGACAUUGCUCAGCUGCUCGUCUAUAUCUGUAAUGGAAUUUUUGCUAUAAUUGGUACCACUGCACACAAAUGGGUCGAAAAAGUUUGCGGCUUCCAGCUAAGCUUUUGUUGGUAUAAUAUUGGCUCACUAACAGUGCUGUUAGCAGUCAAUCGGCUAUCAUUGUUGUAUUUUGGAGUACGCGCCGAAUACUUUUUUAAUGCCACAAGGACUUGGUUUAUCCUGUUCUUCGCAAUUGCAAUUCCAUCAGCGUUUUCACUAGUCUGGUUAACACCAUAUGCAACCUAUGGUUUCGAUGCCGAACUGUUAAUGUGGGAAUACGAUAGCCCUGAUUUUAUGCCUUCUUAUGAUCGGUUGACCACUCUGGCUACCAGCAUACUUGCCACUCUCUGCUAUGUCCUUGUUCUGAUUUUUGUUCUUCGAAAGCACCUUUGUCUUGGCUUACCGCAUGAUAAAGCAACUCAACACCUCACAGUUGAAACUGUUAACCGCUGUGGUCGAAUCUAUGUUUUCACAUUGACCUUCCUGAUAAUGUAUGCUACUAAGAAAGGGCUGGGCAUGUACUUUAUAGAUGUGUGCUAUCAGGGAAAAACACGGGAGGUCGAAAGAAAUCGCCUACUGCUCGAAAAAAAAAAGAAACACACCAUACUUCAAGUGGAACUCUGGGUGCUUCCAGUUCUUCUGCGGAAAAUAGGCGAUGCAAGACGGGCAGGUCGCGCAGCAGUACUUCGUCGAAUGCCUCAAAUUCAACUUACUCAAGCCUUUAAUGAUACCGAUGGCAAAUGCUACCUGGAGACAGAAGGCUUUGGCAUGGUUGAGCUAAGAUUUCGGAUGCAUCUCAGCCUCGGCACAGAGUCAAAGACGGAAUUUGCUGUUGCUGAUUCAACCACCGAAUUGGAUCUCACCAGUUUCUUGCUUACUGAUGUGAUCAGUGGAAGACAGGAUUCCACACAAUCAGGCAUUCCAGUUGAUCAAACGCCGCGAUUUUCGCUAAUUUCAGAACGAGAUUCGUCCGUAGAAUGCCCAGCAGCUGGUACUCGAAGGGAUGAGAAAAAAGUGGACGCGAUGAGCAACAGCGAUGAUGAUUUGGAAGAGGGCGAAGUUCUAAGUGAUAACGAAAUGAGGUCGAACUCGAGUGAACCGCGCACACCAAAUAAGAAAAGCUUAUCAGUUUUUGCUCCCGGACUCUUUCCGGAAAAUAUCUGCAGCGAUUCGCCAGUUUCGAAUUUGCAAGUUGACUUUUGA